GUACGAACGUUACGUUUUUCUGAUAAGUUAUAAUUUUGAACAUAGGUAUUUCACAAGAUGCUGUUUAAUUAAAGCGAUAACGUAGGUAAUUACUCAUAACUGUUAAAUCUCGUUUUUUGUUUAUUCGCUACACGUUUUAAGAAACUAGGUCAUUGAUGUUUUACCGCAUCGUCAUCGAUAAUUGUCAACUUUCGAGACGUGAAGUGGUUCAGUCGAAAUCCUUUUUUUAUUUUUACAAUAGUGCGAACAGUAACGGUUUCGUGAUCUUCGAUUCCAAUCAGUAAGACUAUCAUAAGCCCUAUCGCGUUUCGGUUAAAGUAGUACAUAUUUUACGGACAUCUUUGUUGAUACGACUGCGUUGACCAUGGCAACCUGUGAUGUAUGCGUUCACUUGUCCGACAUCAUGACACCACUGUCAUUUUCCAGCUUAAUAACAACGCUAAUAAAAUAUUUGGUCUAUGAAAAGCAACUGAUUCCUUAUCCUUACGAUCGUCUGAAGUUAUACGUGCAAAAAUACAAAGAACUCAACUUUGAGGAAAAUAGUCGCUGUAAUCAAAAAAGUAAAUACAGAAUGGAGUCUGAGAAAUAUUAUAAAAAAGUUUCAGAUGCGGUACAAAGUCUUGAAACUGUUUUCCAGUGCAUUGAAAAUGAAUUUCUUAGUCAUGUCGAAAAUCAUAUAGAAUCAGUUGUAAUAUUAAUUGGAUCAAGUGUACUUAAUCCUUUGACUGUAUUUAAUAUAAAUGUACCGGAAUUAAGUUAUUCACACUGUGAAAAACAACAUUCUUCUAGGCAACACAUAGAUAAUGUAUUUAGGAACAUAUUGAAUAAUGACAAGUUCAAUGAUAUAUUAACAUCAAAUAUAAUGGUUGAAACAAACUUGUAUGUGAUGUUCAAAGUAAAGAAAGGUGGAAAAAUGGCUACUAAUUGGUGUGUGCCCAAGGAGCAGUUUCGUAGUUUCCGAGGGAAGCAAGUAGUCCUGAGAUUUGACCAACCACAAAAUGAGAUCAAUUCGAAGAAAUAUGAAACAUGUUGCAUCAAAGAUUGUUUGAAUUUUGAAGUAUUUGUUGAUUUUGACAAUCAGGAGACAAGUGUACAAACAUUACAAACAUUAAAUAAUACAUUCACAAAUAGUGUUGUUGAUUGGUAUUUAGGAAAACAUCAUAUUACCGGAUUUAAAAAUUAUAAAUACAAUGGAAUUCCUAUAUCAGAUACUUGGUUGAAUCCAACUAUCAUUGAUCGUUUGAUAUCAUAACCUAAUCCAUGGUUUAAGGAUAGGAAUUUUUUAGACAAUUUUAUUUUUACAUAAUUAUAUACUUAAAUUUGUCAUGUAUGAAUUUUGAUAUUGGUUUAAUUAUUGAGUUUUUUUUUUUUGUAUGUAUUGUUUGU